AAUGAGACUAAAGCUAUGGCGAGCAGCUCACUGAGGUUAGACUUGGAUCACUGCUGAACACUGAGUCAGAUGGACACCGAUGACCAUGAUCUGCUGUAUUCCUGAACCCGGAAGGGGCACACCUGUAAAAUGACGUCACCUUCUGAGAGCUGCUGAAUAUAAAGUCGUUUUACUGCGUUGAAGUUGCGAGAAUGAUUUGACAUGAAGCUUCACUCACAAAUGGGGACCGCUUGGUUUGCGGUUUGUGGCGUUUUUUUCGUCUUCUUCAGGAUUGCAACUGCAGAGGAGUCACCAUGUGUGCCUGGAUUUGAGUCAGAGCUGUUGAUAUUCAAAGUGAACAGAAAACACCUGAGGGCAGGCACAAGUCUGGGCAAAGUUGCCUUCACUGACUGCACGCACCGCAAAAGAUUUCUUUUCAGCACAGAUGACAGCCGUUUUGUGUUGCAGACAGAUGGUCUAUUAACUGUAAAGAGAGAAGUUGUUCUUCAUGAGGGUCACCGGGACUUCUUCAUCCACUCCUGGGAUUCCCAGGGUCAGAAGUUGACUGUUCCUGCCAUGGUGUUGUAUCACGGGCAUCGUCACGGAAAUGACGAUCUGAACACUGAGCACCACCACGACAGUCAUACAUCCAACAGCCACAAUCAUGAUCAGACUCAGAUGGACUCUGUCACUACAGAGGAUGCAGCUGAUCCCCAGAUCCACAUCCUGGAUUUUCCCAAAUCUAGUCAAGGGCUGAAGAGGAGGAAGAGAGGCUGGGUUAUCCCUCCUCUUAGUGUUUCUGAGAAUCACAGAGGACCGUAUCCCCUGUUCAUUGCCCAGAUACGCUCUGAUGAAGAUAAAACAAAGACUAUCCAUUACAGCGUCACUGGUCCAGGAGCAGAUGCUGGUCUUUUCACCAUGGACAGGGUCACUGGUUAUCUGUAUGUCACACAGGAACUGGACAGAGAAAAACAAGAGAAAUAUGUGCUUGAAGCACAUGCUGUGGCACUGGGAAGCACUGGACCUAUAGAGAAACCUAUGGAGGUUAUUGUCUAUGUAAUUGAUCAAAAUGACAACAAACCAGUUUUUAAUCAGUCAUCCUAUGUGGCAGAAGUUCCAGAGGCUUCACCAAGAGGUGUGGAUGUGAUUCAGGUUGUGGCCACCGAUGCUGACGAUCCAAGAACUGACAACGGCAUCAUCCGCUACAAAAUCAUCAGCCAGCAACCAGAGGAGCCCAGUAAAUCCAUGUUUAUCAUCAACCCUGUAUCUGGAGGCAUCAGAGUCGAUGCUGCUGGACUGGACAGAGAGAAAUUCCCUCAGUACAAACUGAGAGUGCAGGUAGCAGACUUGGAGGGAGAAGGGUUGGCUGGAUACACUGACGUGAUUAUCAAGGUGACGGACAGCAACGAUCACGCUCCAGCCUUUACAGAACCCUCUUAUGCAGCAACAGUAGAAGAGAAUAAAGCGGAUGCUGAAGUAGUUCGGAUGUCGGUGACAGACGGUGAUGAGCCACAUUCUCCAGCCUGGAAUGCAAAGUUCAAAAUCAUUGAUGGAGAUCCUGGAAAACUUUUUACUGUGAAAACAUCAGAAACUAAUAGACAAGAAGGCAUCAUUACUACAGCUAAGGGGCUUGACUUUGAGAAAACCAGUAAGCACACUCUACUGGUGAUGGUGGAGAAUGAGAUUCCUUUUGCUGUUUCGUUGCCCACUUCCACUAUUACAGUGGUGGUGACUGUGAAGGACGUCAAUGAACCUCCCAUCUUUGAACCAGAAACAAACACUGUGUCCAAAAAAGAGGAUCUUGCUGAAGGCAGCACAGUGGUGUGGUACACGGCUUCUGAUCCAGACACUGCACGCAAACAGAAAGUCAUGUACAAAGUGAUCCGUGACCAGGCUGGCUGGUUUAAUGUUGAUGAGAACACUGGUGAGAUUAAAUUGAGAAGCCAAAUGGACAGAGAAUCCCUGUUUAUCAAGGAUGACAAAUACACAGCACUUAUUGGUGCUUAUGAUGACGAUCAACUACCAGCCACAGGAACUGGCACUCUGGUCGUUGUGCUUGAGGAUGUCAAUGACAACGCUCCCAUCAUUGAGGAACGAGAAAUCAAAGUGUGCAACAAGAAUCCAGAUUCUCUGCUGCUCACGGUAACAGACAAAGAUGGACCAGGCUUUACUUCUCCAUACAGCGUCAUUUUGCUUGACUCUGCGAAGGCUGACUGGACUGCUAGGAUGAACAACACCAAAACGGGAAUUAUCCUGACUAUGAACAGAGAGCUGGAAAGUAGAGCGUACAACGUUGGCAUGAAUGUUUUUGACCACCAGGGUCUGUUUCAGGCCAACACAGUCAAAGUUACUGUAUGUGACUGCUCUGGAACAGAUGUGAAGUGCCUCGGUAAAAUUGCAGGUGGCUCCAAACUCCCCGUCAUCAUGGGAAUACUUGGCGGCAUCCUGCUGCUACUCAUGCUGGUCCUCCUGCUGCUUCUGUUGACAAAGCGAAAGAAGCCAGUGAAGGAACCGUUUUUACUCCAAGAUGACUUCAGAGACGACAUCUUUUACUAUGAUGAGGAGGGAGGUGGAGAGGAUGAUCAGGACUAUGAUCUGGGUGUUCUCCACCGUGGUUUGGACAACCGUCCAGAGGUGUUCAGGAAUGAUGUGGCUCCAGUUUUUUUGCCAGCACCUGUAUACAAACCUCGGCCUGCCAACCCAGAUGACAUCGGAAACUUCAUUGAUGAUAACCUGAAAGCAGCAGAUAGCGACCCAACUGCUCCUCCCUAUGACUCCCUGCUGGUGUUUGAUUAUGAAGGAGGGGGUUCUGAAGCGGGAAGCCUAUCAUCUCUAAAUUCAUCAAGCGAUGGAGACCAGGAUUAUGACUGCCUGAACGACUGGGGCCCUCGCUUCAAGAAACUGGCUGACAUGUAUGGAGGAGAUGACGCGCUGUAAAUGUACAAAGGCUGGUGAAAAUGGCUGCAUGCAGUUUAACUGCACUUAAAUUCCUCACAUCAGUGAGAUUUGGCUUGUGGUCUUUACUUCAGUCCCAUUGGCAGUUAGGAGCCACUGCAAAGAAGCUAAAGAAUACGUUUGUUUUUAUGAGUUUUCUCAGUGUCUUUCUGCUGCUUUUUUAGGCAAACAAAAACAUUUUUUUUUUAAUCCUUUUUGGUUUUUAGUUUACUAGUUAUACUGGCCUUAAACAUUCAAAGGCUUGCAGUAUCGCUGACAAAAUCUGUGUGAAAAUGGCAACAUGUGAUUUAUCUAUUGUGUAUUUUUUUUAUCUUUGGGGUUUUAUAUUUUUUUUGCAUGGAUGAGUAAUAUUCUAGAAAUCAUAUAAAAUGAGUGACUCAGCCACGGGUGACUAUGUAACUAUGGUCUGUUGUACUGCUUUACUAAAUCUCGACGCAAUUAUUGCUAUUGUACUGAACGUGCAUUUUUUUAUUUUAUAUGGUCAUUACAUGUUGUACUUGUGUAUGGUGUCUUUGUUUUAGAGAAUUAAUACUUUGACAACCAAAUGUUUUGAACAGUUUUUUUUACUAUAUUAGAAAUCCAUGGUAAAUGCAUGAAAGCAAAUAACUUCAAUCUUUUAACUACAGCAUGGAAAUUAAACACUGACCAGUUUUGAAAGAACUUUCCAAAAAUAUUAAAUACUUUUAUUUUAA